GACGACCCCAUCUAGUGAGUUUAGCUACUGGGCAAUAUUCUGACAGCGCGAGGACAGCACCGGACACCAUACUCUCGCACGCGAUCCGAUUCCCCUGAGCUGGCCAGGCGGAGGUGUAUGGCCCCGUAUCCCUUUGAGAUGAAUCCCGUUGGCCUACCGGGGUCUCCGUCCCACGAGAUUAAACUCCACCAGAAAGAAGAGUCGGAUAUGGAGGGUGAGGAGCUUCAACCCAAAGACAUGACAACCGACAAAGGAUACAAAAUGAAGACGAGUAGUCUUCCAUUCAGCGUCGAAUCAUUGAUUUCCAAGAACACAACCUGCAGGAAUUACUAUUCUUCUCCCUCCUCGGAAUCGGGUCUACUUCAACCGAAGCCUGUGACCGCGGCGGUGCAGAGCACCGAACAGUUUUCUCCAAGGACUUUUUACGCAGAGAGGAAAGUUUCCCCGGAAAGUUCGCAGAGCGUGUCGGACUGUCAGAAUGAGGACAAUCCGGAUUUUUGUGAGAAAGACCAGAGCACUUGGUUCCAGACUUCAUCUUUCUCGACUCCCCCUCGAAGCUUAAGUCCACCUCCAUGUCCUUUAAGGAAACAUAAAAACAACCGAAAACCUCGAACGCCCUUCACUACCUCCCAGCUGCUCGCUCUGGAAAGGAAGUUCCGACAAAAGCAGUACCUCUCCAUUGCGGAGCGAGCCGAAUUCUCCAACUCCCUCAAUUUGACCGAGACCCAGGUCAAAAUCUGGUUCCAAAACAGGAGGGCUAAAGCCAAGAGACUUCAGGAGGCCGAGUUGGAAAAGUACAAACUGGCGUCGAAACCCAUGCUACCUGCCUUUGCUCUGCCAUUCCUGGGAGCGCACAUGGGCUCUCCAUCUCUCUACGGACAUUCUAACGCCUACCCCAGGCACACUUUACCUGUUCCGGGACUCUUCGGUGGACCUGUCACCUAUGGAAUGUAUUAUUUGUCUUGACUUAGAUUGUGUAUUUACAUUUGAGAGAAAAUUAUAUGUCAUUUAUAUGUCUUCAAAUAUGGUUGCAACACUUAACUUUAC